UUUAUCACACUUGGUGUCCUGAGUGUGAGGCAUUUCUAAGAACGGAUGUAGAAGCCUGGGAAUUAAAGGUGUUCAGAAAUGUUAUGGCUGACCUCUCGGUUACAUUUUUUUUUUUAAAUCUCAGGCGUACAGUCUCCGUACUAACCUGGAUUAUAGUUGCAAAAAUGUGCCUGAUGUCAACAUGCUAAACUCGAGUUUUCACCUUCUGCUGAUCCGAUUAGGAGUCAUGAUUGCAGGAUUUUUCUCAAUGUGUCAGUGGCUCUGCCCUCUUCUGCACUCUUUACUUGUGCAAUAUGCCUAAUGUAACGUUAUGCAAUAGGAUGAUCGGUAGCUGUAUUGGCAAUCGCUGCUUCUUUUUCACUCCCUUUAUCGACCUUGAAUGGCUAAAGGGGGUUGCAAAACAAUGCAGGAUUGUUUGAAGUGGCGGUAUGGAAAAACUGUUCUCAGCUUCUGCGAUCCCUUCAAUAAAACUAAUCCAAGUAACUUUCUUUGAGGAUUGCUUCGGUAAUAUUUUAUUCCCAGUGCCGCAAGCCAGUGUUGUAGAAGAAACUCGAACCAUUUGCAAUUUCUUUCCUGCGGGAAAAACACUUCUGCCUGCGAAGUGUUUUUUUUUUUUUUUUUUAAAAGUCGAGAGUGCCGAGACUUUAUACACAAGACAUGGCAGCCCUGGAAUUCGGAGUUUGAAAGUGUAUUAUUGUUAUUUUAUUAUAGAUAGCAUCUGUCCAGUUUCUGCCAAUUCUCCACCCCAAGCUAAUAAGGAUGGGAACGAGCAAGUAAGCAAGCAAAUAACUGUUGCCGCUGCUUGCCAGCAAAUCACUUGCUUGGGUGUUUUUUUUUUUUUUUUUAAUCUCUUCUCAGAAAACCUACUCUGGAGCUUCCCGUUGGAAAAACUCUUGGCAGGCAUCUCGUGACAUCUUACUAACGUUGCCGAAAGCGUUAGCAGAUCGGAAGCAAAUGCAGCAAGCGUAAUGUUUGAACGCUAUCCGGUGACUCGGACAAGAAGCGACUUCUCUCAAAUUCUGGAAAGUCUUAGAAUUAGACUGAGUCUUACGCACCUUGCGGCCAGUUCCAAUAAAUGUGAGAAGAAAUUUCCAUUCCCGCUUUUUACUUUUACAGAAGUUUAACUGCGGGGUCAGGGAAGGACUUGCAUUUAAAAGGACUUUUGCGUGGUGAAGACACUUCCGCGAUUUACUGGGGGAGGACAGGUAGAUUCGAUCAGAAUUUCCAGCCAUCAAGAUUCAAGUUAAAUAUACGGGGAAAAGUUUUCGGAAAAUCAUUGCGGCAGGACCGGGUUCUUUUCUUUUUCGUUCCUAUCGUAAGAUGAUUGUGCUGGGAUGAUACAUGUGGUGGAUUCUUUUCUCCCUUGAGCUGGGUUUUCUAUUCCGUGUGUAAAGGAAAGGGUCCUGUAUACGGAAGGACCUACUUUUUUCCUAAGUCCAAUUAUUUACUGUACUGUGAAUUUAACAUUAAUCUGCCUCUCCUCACUCCGCCUUCUUUACGCACUACUUUAUAGGAGUCCCCCCCCCCCUAAGCGUGACUUUGCUGUAAAUGGUCAGAGUUAUUCAGCUAAGGUGCGAGGAUGACUGUAUGUUGCCACCCAACCCUCAUUCUUUCCUCCUGGACAUUCCCGCUGGAUCUCUACGUUUAUCCAUAGAGAUUUAUGCAACUGGGCGGGAGGCGCGGGAUUACCCGGGCGCCCUUUGACUUCGGGAGACAAUCGCUAUAAGGAGGCGAGAACUCGGGACCUCGCGCAUCCCUUGGCGGGAAGCGACGAUGGUUCUUCUCUCCAGGAGUAGGAAAGAGGGCCGAGAAAGCCGGACCCCCACCGCAGAGAAGCAGUUGCAAGGAGGGCCAGGAGCCGCGAAGGCGGAAGGGGGAGUGAGUCCAGGUGGUAGCGGCGGCUCUAGGAUUGACCCAAUCAUCCCCGCAGAACGAGCGCGCGGAGAGGGCCAAGGCGAAGAGGAGGAGGAGGAGGAGGACGAGGAGUAUGAAGACUUCUCGGAUCUCCCGGACACGCGAAGCAUCACUUCAGACGACUCUUUCUACCCGCCCCAAGAGACCGACGAGGACGAAUCGGAACUUUCAGACAGCGAGCAGCAGCUCAGUCUCUUCCGCGCCUGCUGUACCAACAAUGCCGCUGUCGUGCGGGCGCUCAUCCGGCAGGGGCCCCAGGAGGAGGAUGUGAGGGAGACGGACCGCAACAAGCGGACUGGCCUUAUUGUUGCCUGUUACCAAGGAUACGUGGAUAUUGUAAUAGCCUUAGCACAGUGUCCUCAUAUUGAUGUAAACUGGCAGGACAACGAAGGGAAUACAGCUCUAAUUACAGCUGCUCAGGCAGGACAUAUUAACAUUACACAAUAUUUACUCAACUAUUAUUCCGGUCUUGAUAUUGAGAAAAGGAAUGCAUUUGGAUUUACUGCACUUAUGAAAUCUGCCAUUCAAGGACGAAGUGAAUGCGCCAGAGCCUUAAUAUUAGCAGGAGCAAAUAUUAAUGCAACAGAUCCAGGUCGUGGAUUCACACCUCUAGAAUGGGCAUGUUUCACAGGAAGAAUAGAAUCUGCAUAUCUAAUACAGAGACUUAUGGAUAAGCCAUGCGCUGAGCAAUUUUGUGAUCAAUAUUUGCUUGAAUGGCCAAAGUUGAAGGAACUUCUUGCCAAGGCUACAGAUUCAAAAACUUGCUUGCAGAAGAUCUCAGCAACUUUGAGAUCCAUGGUCGAUUUCAGAACUGUCCAUGGUCCUGAAGAAGAUGGGGUCCUGGAUCACAUGGUUAGAACAACAACAAGUUUAAGAAGCUCCUUUGUUGCCAUAGCUUGUAGGACUGUGUGCCCUGAAAGUCCUCCUGCUGUAGGAAAACGUAGGCCAGCUGUGCAAGAAAUUCUUAGGAAACAAAGAGCUAAAGAACUUCAAAUUUUAGAGAACAGGGAACAUUUUAACAGCUAUAGGAAGCUAUUUCAGAAUUCCAGAAUUACGCUACUGUCCAAAAAGAAGGAAAGGAGAGCCAGCCUGCAGCAUUUUAACGUGCCCCAGGUCAAGGUUGUGGUUCCAAGGAAAGCCAGUCUCUUACCACUGCACUUGUUAAGAAGAAGCAGCGUUCGACCUGGGCUUGUCAUCCCCAGAGUCCGUAUAAGUAAGGCACCUCGGCCUACAUUCCAGCCAGAGAAAGCGCGACGGAAAAGUAAUGCCAGUGAUGGGACCUACUUGGAGAUUCCCAAAUGGAGAUAUAAGGAGCUGAAGGAACAAAGGAAGAAGGCUGAAGAAGAAAAGAAAAGAGCCGAAGCUUUACAGAAAACCACAUCACCAUCUCUGCAGAGAAAAAGAAGCCACAUUGCUGUUGGUAUCGAUAAAUAGGUUGACGUGGUAUAUUAUAUAAAUUUAAGAAAAGGAAGAUCAAACUGGAGAUCACAUUUGUUUUAAGAGACUUAAGAAAUGCAAGGCAUCUGUAUGAACAAUGUUAAUAUAUGGGAAAGAUUAUUCUUCUACAAUUUUAACAAUCACCCUCCCCAAAGUAAAAGGUAAUAGGAUUAAACUCGAAAUAGAGGGGCCAUGUCCUCAAAUUUACAGUUUACAGCAGCUCUGCAGUAGCAUGUCCAGUCUUCUCCCUGGGGUGCAGGAGCGAAUCCUCAUCCUGCCCCAGCCCACGAGUGAAGAAGCAGUCUUAAGUUGUCACAAAGUGUAUUCAUACAAAAGUAGUUUUCCCCUUUAAGCCAAUACUAUCUUCCCUUUGUUUCAAGGUAUAUAAAACCUGUGCUACUUUCUUAUUUUGAGAAGUGAAGUCAAAUAACCUGUUGUGGGGGUGAUCAGGGGCCCUUUUUCAGAGCAUUAAGAAUUAUGAGCAGGGCCUCUCUCCUCUAGUCACUUGCUAGCCUCUGAUGCAGCAAAUGCUCUCUGAGGAUUUGCACUUCCUAUCAGCAGUCCUGUUUAGAAUUCUUUUCAUAUUCCUGUUUUUGGAAAACAACUUCUUUCCAAGCUUCCAACAAGGUAGAGAGAGAAUAGAUCUCUACUGUUUUAUCUGGGGGAAGUAAGGGGCUUUGCACAAUGUCAUAUUAUUGUAUUCUGACGUAGCAUUAAAGAGAAUCUGAUUUUUUUAGAAGUAGGAGCUCUGCAGAGUUCCUCCCCCCCCCCCAUGGAUAUCAUAUUGUCACUCCCUCCCCACUUUCAUACCACAAAUAAGAAAAGUGGUUGCCCAGCAGCUACUCAUUUCCCGUUCUCUUCCACACAACCUGGAUGGUUGUACAUUCAUGGUAAGGUUUAUCUACUUCCUUCCUCUCGGGCUAUUUCUGUCCUGGUUUCUUUCCUUAUUUCAGUUUUACCUUUGAACAUGGCCAAAUGGGAAGUGAGAGAAAGGGCAAACGUAUCAGUCUAGACCUCAAGCAGAAUCGUUCGAACAGAUCCACCCUGUUCAUGCUGCUGUGCUCUAAUGGAAAUAAUCCUGCAUGAUUAGUAUAGUACUAAAGGGGGAGCAAAGCCAGAAGAGGAAAACCAAAAAUCUUGCCCAUAAUGAAUGGUGCAGUUUCAGAUCAGAACAAGACUAUUUGGUAGCAGUGGGAGAUGCAAUAGAAAGAUUGGCAAUACAACCAGCAUGUUUUAUACCUAGAAGGAUAGUUAAUUCAGUAUUAGGGGAAGGCCCAAAGAGUUUAAGAAAUAUCCCUGAUAAAUAACCACAAAGCAAUAAUUAAGAAAAAGAGUAGGCUUUUUCAAGGGAGUAUCUAGAGAAUUAGAAAAGAAGGAAUAGAUGACAUAAAUUUCUUAUUCAGGAUAUGUGAGCGAUUUAAAUAUGCUUUAAGGUUUUUUUUUCUCCUACAUACAGAGCUUCAGCUUAUUGCUUACCUAUAGAAAAUAUGCCAGCCCGAAACAUUUUUAAAGUAAAUAAAAUCUCAGGGGAAUCUUUUUUUAAAAAAGUUAAUAUAAAUUCAGCUUAUUUUACAGUAACCUGUUCCAUUUCUACAAAACCCUCCCCAAUUACUUUUCAUUAUGAUGUUCAAUUUAAAAUUUGAUCAACUUCUAUUAUAAACUGAGUCCCAAAAUAAUUGUGACAAUUGCAUUUAUUACUAAAGAGAUGGAAUAAAAUGUAUAUUUUUCAGACUUUUUUUAACAUGUAUUUUUAACACAUAACCACCUGUUCUGGUUACAUUGCUAAGCAUUUAAAAUCUCCGAUUAUUCUUCAAAUUGACUGUGGUGACUUCACGUGCAUACGCUUAUGGCUUUUCUGGCCGAUAGGAGUGGAUUGAUCUUGCCUGCAGGAUUUUACUUUCUAAGGAUUUCUUGGUAGUUUCCAUCAUAGUAUUAACCAGGCCUGCUUAGCCUUUUUAAAUCGCACAGCCCGGUGCUGAAACUAUUACAGUAAUUGCACUGCACUUACAUUUCCUAGGGUGUUACUCCUCAAAAGUAAAGAAUUAGCUUUAAGAACUAGAAUGAUAAAUACCUCAUUCCUCAAACUGCACAAGCUGUACCAAUCCUUUUUCCCAGUUAAAAAAUUCACUUUUCAGGUAACUACCCCUUAGGGUUAACAACAAAAAAUUAAGGGUAAUAUCUCUCAGAAGGGAGUUUUCCUUGUGCAUUGAACUGAAAAUACUUCACAUUGCAAUCCAAUUCGUCCUAGCUCAGAAAUAAAAUCCACUGGGUUCAGAGGGGAUUAUUUCUGACAGGAUUACAGCUAUAGUUAAUACGUGGUUGUCCCAUGUAUGCAAGGCUAUCACAAAGUGCCUGCUUGCACUCCUUUGUCAAUUCUGUGCCAACUGAAACUACGACUCAUAAAGCAAGCAAGCAACAUAUAUUAAUUUUUUAAUGGCAUGCUAUAAUAUAAGGAGAUGGAUAAAAUUUUGAAAUGGGGAUUAUUUUGUAAUUGGUAGAUGAAAUUUUAGAUGCCGGUAGCAAAAUGGUUCUCAGAUGAGAAAGUGUAUUUUCUUCAGAGCCAAUAUAACAUACUUCCGUAUAACACCACAAAGUCAUCUUCCUCCAAAUUAAUCUACUCCAAUAAGCAGGUACAUGAAUUUUGAAUUUAUUUUAUAAAAGACAAAUGUGCUUAAAAUGUACCAUUAUAUUGACUCAGGGAUGAAGUUCAGUAGUAAUAUUCAAGGAUAUAACCCAUUUAUGUCAGCAUAUUAUAUAUUGAUAAUAAAUUAUGCUUUCAUUAUGCAGUAUCUUAGUUCUUGACUUUUGUUUGGGACUGUUGUGUUAAUUUGUCCUGAUCUCUCAAUUUCAAUUUAGCCCUAAUCUCGGUUCUAAUUUCCACAUCAAAGGCACUUGUUGCAUUUAGUGGAGCUGCUAAAGGUAAGAGAGAACAGUCAAAACUUGGAACACAUGGAAGGAACUCAUAUCAGCUGUUUGGGACUCCCAUUGAAGAAUGUGGAUUUGUUUGUAUUUCUGAUUAGGCAGUAAAUGGCAUGCUGGGUCUUCUGGUAUAAAGCAUUAGCACCUGUUUGGCUGAUGAUAGAUAUUUCUCUAUUUCUGAAUUAUUCUACCAAUCUGAAUUUCAUUUUCUUACUAACUAAGACAUAUAGGAUGUUCCAAUUCUAUUCAUCCCUGAGCAGCUUACCCUCUAUACCCAAUAACAAGAUUAAAACAAAAACAAAAUAAGGCAAGGACAUAAUCUCUGACAGCAUCAAAGCACAGAACAUUAAUCACAGUCCUUCUCAUGGCAGAGAGAUCAGAGACAAAUCACUCCUCCUACUAUAGCUAGAGACCUUAAUAGCUUUCUAAAAAACCUUGCAGAAUUGGGAUCAAGCUAAUCUCAAGAGGAGAACCUUUCCAGAAAAGAGGGAUAUUAAAAGAGAAAACCAGUCACCGUGGUCCUGGCUAUGACAAUUUUUUUAAAAAUUUGGUUGCAUAUUUUAUUCAGAUGUUUCUAAAAUGCAAGUUGAUCAGAAUUAUAGUUACACAUUUUUAUUAUUUAACAAUUGUAAUGACAUCAUCUUUUCUGAUACAAUCAUCUUUAUUGAUCAGGAUUUAUAGCAGUAUUCUACAUCUAUUACUAAUAUGGGUAGUUCUUGACUUACGACCACAACUGAGUCCAAAAUUUCUGAUGUUAAGCAAGACAGUUGUUAAGUGAAUUCUGCCCCAUUUUACAACCUUGCC